AUGUCGCACCCAUCUGAUGACAUUAAGGGAGUAACUGACUCAGACAAAUUCAAGUUUGUUGUGCUAAAGAAGGUGGCUUCGAUCUCCUCGGUGUUGAGGAAUACCCAAGAGUUUGCAGAAGGCAGAUCAGGUCGAAUUCAACUCGACAUGGAUGGAGAUAUCUUAGAGUGCAUAGUCGAGUAUCUUUAUUAUAAUUUCAAGUACAAGGAUAAGGCUGCUAGUGGGAGUGUGCCUGAGUUUAAGAUCCCUACUCAUUUGGCAUUGGAGUUGCUAGUUAAAGCCGAUUAUCUUGAUAUAUAG